AUGUAUUUAAUCUUGGGAGUUUUGCCUGGAACUUUUAUUGGCGCUUUUACUACUGACACUGGUGGUCUACUUCCUCUUGCAGCUGGUGGUGCCCUAUAUAUUGUUGGACUUAUUUUCUACUUUGCCGAAGGUUAUCUGCCGUUCUCACAUGCGAUUUGGCAUUUGUUUGUUAAUUCUGGUGCUUUUGUUCAUUACAGGGCAAUGACCCAAUAUCUAAUACGUGAAAGUAGAGAAAGUACAAGCUUCUAUUACUAA